CCUCCUCCCACCCUACCCACCACUCCAGGCUCCAGCAUCCUUUAUAUUAGGUGGAAGAGAGAGACAAACAUACAGUACACAGUAGAAACCAUUCUGUACUGUAAAAUCAGAAACGAAACAGCCAAGCACAACAAUGGCACCAGAAAUCACCUACGAAGAAUAUGCAGGCAACCGCCGUAUGCAUACGGUCAACUUUUUCGGCCACAAUAUCUCUGUCACCGUCACUUCCUCUGCUUCUGUCGUCAGGAAAUGGCUUAGCGCCACUAUCUUCCACCGUCGAAGCUACGUCGGUAAACUUGUUGUCGGCGUUGGCGUCCAAUGGUAUCCAUACAAAGAUAACAGAGAUUCUGCCGGCGCCGACACACUCCAGCUCUGCGUCGGAUGUCGUUGCUUAAUCUUCCAGCUCACUGCAGCUACGACCGUGCCGCGUUUUCUCCGGAGGUUCUUGAUGGACAGGAGGAACACGUUUGUUGGAAUACAUAACGGUUCUGACGAGGUAAUGUUGAUGAGGAGUGAUCAUGCGCUGCAGAUCCAUAGGCUGUUGGACUUGAGGAGGUAUGUGGAGAGUGAGGACGGUGAGAGUCUUGUUCAAGCUUCUGUGGAGAGGAUUGUAGAGGAGCGUUUGGGGUACUAUGGAGUUGGAUUGGAUCAUGAUAUAAGUAUGAGUGAAUGGGAUAACAAUGUUCUUUCUGAUGAUCAGGUUUUGCAGGCUUGUGUGAAAGCUCAUGUUGCUUUCAGGAUUGGUAAGGACUUGCGUGCUUGGAAUCUCUGAAGAAGAAGAAGAUAACACAAGCUUUUGGAAUGAAUCAUAACUAAACAACAACUCUAACUUUUUUGGAUCCGGUAAUGUUUUUUUUUUUGGUACAGUUGUGAUUAUGAAGCAGGUUUAGCCAUUUUUGGAGAUGUGAGUACGUUGGGAAGGAAGAAGAUGGAUGAUUUUGAAAAUCAAUUUAGAAAUUAACACUACAUUUUAGCUUCAGUUUCAGUGUUAGUCUUCCGUUAGGGUUUAUAGCAUCAGUUUCAGUAUUAGACUUCCGUUAGGGUUUAUAACUUGUCUUUUUCGAUGAAUUUUAGUGGCAAAAGUUUCUUUUUAGCCCUGUUUUUCCUAAUCCCAAACUGGAAAUUCUAACUUAAAAAAAUCUUCCAUAUCCCACUCACUCGCU